CUCUCUCUCUCUCUCUCUCUCUCUCAAUUUCAAAUGGAAGAGUCAGAGCUCAAGUAAAGCUUGUAAACCCCUAAAGCUUCCACCUUUCUUUCUUCCUUCGACAGUCCAAUCCUUUUCAUCGUCUCUCCACUUCUCUUGACAAUGCUGCUCUGCAGAACCCUGGCUCAUUCCCCCAGCAUCCCUCUUCUCCGGAGGAGCCGCCCCUCUCGGCCCCUAUCUCCUCCCCUCCCCUGCCCACCUAACUUUUUCUUCAAACCUCAAUCUGCCGCCGCCUCCCUGCUGCUAAAGCCUAGAUCUUUUCCGGGCAUUCGAUGCAUCAGCAGCCACGGCCACGGCACCAUCGAGCAGGGCGAACCCGAAACGGGAGCAUUCGAGGCCGGCGGCGAUGAUUUUGGGUCGUUGGAGGAGGAGAGGCCGGUGGUGGCGGCGGAGGCGGGAGAGAAGCUGGCGGAGCAGGGGUUGUGGAAGCAGAUGACCGAGAUUGUCAAGUUUGCAGGGCCUGCCACCGGUCUUUGGAUUUGUGGGCCUCUGAUGAGCCUCAUCGACACAGCCGUCGUUGGCCAGGGAAGCUCCACUGAGCUCGCCGCCCUUGGUCCGGCAACGGUCCUCUCGGAUUCAAUAAGCUAUAUCUUUAUGUUCCUCUCAAUUGCUACUUCCAAUAUGGUUGCGACUUCCUUGGCACGGCAGGACAAGAAUGAAGUGCAGCAUCAAAUAUCAAUCUUGCUCUUUGUCGGGUUGACUUGUGGCUUCUUCAUGCUUCUUUUCACCAAAUUCUUCGGUUCAUGGGCAUUAACGGGUUUUACUGGAUCAAAAAAUGUACAUCUUGUGCCUGCAGCAAAUACCUAUGUUCAGAUUCGAGGCCUAGCAUGGCCUUUUGUCCUCAUUGGAUGGGUAGCUCAAAGUGCUAGUCUAGGCAUGAAAGACUCAUGGGGACCUCUUAAAGCUCUUGCUGUUGCCAGUGCUGUAAAUGGCAUUGGUGACAUAAUCCUCUGCAUCUUCAUGGACUAUGGCAUUGCUGGAGCAGCUUGGGCUACGAUGGUCUCACAAGUUAUUGCAGCUUACAUGAUGAUUACAUCACUAAAUGAGAAAGGUUACAAUGCAUAUGCAGUCUCUGUUCCAUCAAUUGACGAACUCAUGUCAAUCAUCGGGAUUGCAGCUCCGGCUUUCGUAACUAUGAUGUCAAAGGUGGCUUUUUUCUCGCUUCUUACAUAUGUUGCCACAUCGACAGGCACCAUUACUGUGGCUGCUCACCAGGUCGUAGUUCAGCUGUUUUUCAUGGGUACGGUGUGGGGUGAGCCUCUAUGUCAGACUGCCCAGUCGUUUAUGCCUGAGUUGAUAUAUGGAGCGAAACGAAGCUUGGAAAAGGCUGGAACGCUCCUUAAGUCUCUCUUGAUAAUCGGAGUUAUACUUGGAGUAAUUUUAGGGAGCAUUGGAACCGUCGUUCUUCAAUUCUUCCCUAGUACCUUUACAUCUGAUCACAGUGUCAUUCGAGAGGUGCAUAAGGUUCUGAUUCCAUACUUCAUUGCAUUAUCCGUGACACCUCCCACGCUUAGCCUCGAGGGUACAUUGCUGGCUGGACGUGAUCUCAAGUUUAUUAGUGCAUCGAUGAGCGGAUGCUUUGUCUUGGGUUCCAUUCUACUACUGCUUGUCAGCAGAAAAGGGUUCGGUUUAGUGGGCUGUUGGUAUGCCCUCUCGGGAUUCCAAUGGGCUCGGUUUCUUCUCGCCCUUCAGCGCCUCAUUUCCCCUAACAGCAUCUUGAACUCGGAGGACCUAAGUCGGUACAAACUCGAGAAGCUUAAGACUGCCUAGCUCCACAUUAUACCCUUGCUGAUGCUUCCUAACAGAGCAGUAGCUACAGCUCUUGUUGUGAAAUUACACCGAGCAAGCAACACCUGCUCCUGCUCGUGCCCUCAUACUGGGAAUCGAUGCUACAUACAGGUGGUGUAAAUUCGCAAUAGGGUUUUGCCUUUGAUUCUUUCUGCUCAGAUGGCAGAAUAAGCUCGUCAGGCUGGGGGCCUCCAGUUUUAUUCGCCCCACAGGAGUUGGUGAUCGUCAGCAGAUUCUUGUUGUAAUCGUAUUACUCAUACCGAUAGCGUAGAUUCUUGAUCUGUUGUUGUAAUUGUAAGUUACUCUGAAAAUGUGGCCUCGACAACAAGAUUGUGGCGAUGAUCAAUCAAUCUGAAUGUACAAAACAAGCUUUCAGUUCUCAUUCUAUUUGAUUCAUGAAA